AUCAAGAGUCAUUUUUACCGUGGUGUGUAAUUCCAUACUGGUUAUACAUUUUUAUCAACAAGUUGAGAUCAGAACUCUAUCCCACAGAACUUGAUUAAAUGAAAAUACUUGUUCGAAGAUGCAAAUUCACCCCGAAAAUAAACAUUUUAAUUGUAAAAUCUUCCGAGAAGUGAAACGAUUAGGAUUGCAAUCAAUGUAAAGUGCUUAAGCUUUAUACUUAGGUUAAUUUCAGCCUGAAGAUCUGUUAAUCACAACUGAAAAUUACGAUCAUUCGCCGUAAUAUCAAAGGAAAUCGGAAUAGUAAACAAAUUAAACGCUUUGAGAUCUUUGAACUACCACAAAAAUUAGUUCUUUAGAGUUGAAAUUUAGCAAAUAUAUUCCUCGAUAUAAUAUACUAAAGUGGAAAAAGUCUGAAUUGUGAUACUAUAAUUUAUGGACGACUUUUCGUCAACGUCAAAAUAACCUUAGGACGUCCACCUACUUACAAGGGUUAAAUGAGGGUUAUAUAUUAGUGUGAGGAAUUUAAAUUCGGAUUUACGGUUGAAUGUUGAAGUUUGGAAUUAGAUUUCAUGUUUUUAUUACAAACUGGCAUCAGCUAUAAUGCUAAAAUGGUAUUUAGCCAAGUGGAUGAAAGAACUGAGCGCCAAAAUCCAAGAUCUGCUAUCUUAAAUUUAAUUGGUUCGCCCAUAAAUUAUAAUCUCGCCAAUCUGAAUAAAUAAAAAAGAAAUACGUUUAUUUAUUAUAAUGAAAUCUCCAUAUUCUUUAUUUUAGAAUGAGAUAGUUGAUAGAGCAUUAUACUUCUGGCAAAAUGCUCUCAGUGUUAAACGGCCAUCGAACAGAAACCUACUAAUCAGAAGAGAUUGUAUAGAUGAUAGACUUUGGUUCUUUCCCUCCAAAAAUCGAUCGCUUGACACAGUUUGCGAACAUGCUUGUCAUCCGUCAGCUAAAUGUCAUACAAUGCAAGUACCUGAGAACUUUUUACAAGCAUGUAGAACACGAUAUGGAACUACUGGAUCUGAUGGUUCCGGUAUACCAGGCGAUGGAUAUUUAAUGAUAGUUGACGCAUCGCCAGGUGGUUUAUGUAAUGAUAGCUUAUGCAAACGCUUGUCAGUUGGAAGGAAAUACUGAUCGAUUUUUUCGUCAAUAAUUUUAUGGUAAUAUUCUAACAACAGGCCAAUUCUUGGAUUCAUUAGUUUCUGUCCAAAUCGUUUGGAUGAAAAUUAUUCAAUGAGUAAAGUGUUACUGUAUACAGCAAUUCAUGAAAUGGGACAUGCAUUAGGGUUUAACAGAAAUCUUUACGCUUUCUAUCGUGACGAGCAUGGCAGACCACGAACGCAACGUGAUCCUGCUACAGGAAUGCCAAGUACUCCGAGGGAUGAGUUUGGAAUAUUUGCUCCUAGAAAUUUGCCAGAAGUCAUUUCAACUGCCCGAGUUUAGACGGUGUGGAUCUUGAAAAUGAAGGCAGUAGUGCCACACAUUUAACACAUUUUGAGAAAAGAGUUGUGCAUGAUGAACUUAUGUCAGGAAGUGUUGAACUACCGUCAAUUGUUUCAGGGUUAACAUUAUCAGUUUUCCAAGAUUCUGGGUGGUAUGACGUCAAUCAUAAGAUGGACGGAAACUGGAAAUGGGGGAAAAAUUUAGGAUGUGAAUUUAUUACAAAAAGUUGUUCUGAAUAUAUGGCCAUAAGAAGAUCCCGAAAAGAACCAACUGGUCCAUGGUGUGAUUACUUUGAUCUGACACGUGCUCAGUGUGUAUCAUAUAACAAUGCAUAUAAUUACUGUAACGUGAAUCUGUAUCAGCAGCGUAUUGAACCAGACAAACAACAUGUAACAAAUCAUCAAGAGCGUGAGUUUUUGGCAGGUGAUAGUAAAUUACAUGAUGGGUGUGUAUUGUUCCAGCCGGUACUAAACAUUAGUGGAACAGGUCAAACAUCAGUUUGCACACAUGAAGAAGAUAAUCAGCGUUUAGCUGUGAACCCUUUAAUUCAACAGUUUGGACCGAGUUCUUUGUGUGUUAAUCAUGGAAAUAAUAAAAGAUGGGUACCAAACACAAACAGUGGUAUUCAGAGUACCGGUGAUAUGGGAGCAUCAUGCCACGUAUACCGAUGUGGUAAUGGAUUAGCGAUUAUGAUAGGACCGAAUACUAUUUCGUGUCCAAAACAGGGAGGAACAGUGGCUUUAAACGUACAAGGCAAUUUAGGAUUGAUCAAAGGUUUUGUCCAGUGUCCACCAUGUAAUGAAGUGUGCAGACGAUGUUAGAUUACAGAAUAAUUUGGAUUAAAUAAAAGAAAUAUAUUGAUACGAUUAAUAAAACAAAUACAUCUUAUUCAAUUUCAUUAUGUUAAAUAUAAAACUUUUUGUGUUCUACCUAGUG